GCUGCUGUCGACAUGGUUGUUUGCACUUUUGCUCUCUACGGCGCUUUUGUUGGUCGCUCGACUCUCGAUUUCAUCAUCCCCAUGUUCAUACUGGCGAGCUUGUGGCUCACGGCGCUGAUUCUUUCUGCCCUCGACUACGUGCAGGGUGGGUGUGGGUUGUUUGGGUAUGGGGUGCUGGAGAGCUGUGCGGCGAUGAGGGCGCAUAUAGCGUUUGAGGCGAUUGCUUUCUUGUUGAGCUUUUUGACCAUGGUGGUGGAGUUUGGGAGAAGGAUGGUGCCGGGUAGGGGCAUGACGAGGGGGAAGAAGGGGCAUGUUGAGGUUAUUGAUGGGCGGGAGAAGGAUGUGGGGGGUGUGGUGGUGACGCCGAGGACGUCGUUUACGGCUGUUUGA